AGUCACCUAGAUCCCAUCUUGUCAGGGGUACGUCUAUCUCCCCUCCAGACCUCCACACGCCGCGAUGGCCUCCGCCGAAAUCCCCAACUCCAGCCCUGAUGCCACCAACCCCGCCGCCGCCGCCGCCACCGCCACCGCCACUGCCACCGGCCCCGACAUCUCCUCUUCGCCGCCACUCCCGCCGCGGAAGCGCCGCCUUUCGCCUUCCUCAUCUCCCACGCGCUCCGCGUCACGCUCUCGGUCGCCCCGCUCCCGCUCCCCGCGCGGCCGCCGCUCCCGCUCCCGCAGCCGGAGCCGGAGCCGGAGCCGCAGCCGCAGCCCGCAGUACCCGCCCGACGGCAAGCGGCAGCGGCACAACGACCUUACCGUGGAGGCGUGCCGCGACUUCCUGCGCGAUAGGUGCACCCGCUCCGACCUCGAGUGCAGAUACGCGCACCCUCACAACUCAGCUUCCGUCGACCGGGACAACAAGGUGACGGCGUGCGCGGAUUCUCUUAGGAACAAUUGCUUCCGGGGGAUGACAUGCCGUUACUACCACCCCCCUCCACAAAUCCAGGAGCAAUUGCUGAGAUCAAUUGGUAUGGAAGAUCCAAAUGUGAAGACGAUCUGCAGAGAUUUUACACGUGGGAAGUGUUCAAGGUCAGCAAAUGAGUGCCGAUUCUUGCACCAUUCAUCUGUUGAAGAUGCUGCAAUUGUUUGCCAAGAUUUUUUGCGUGGACAAUGCAAUCGCAUAGCAUGUAGGUACUCUCAUGUAGUAGCACAUCCGGUGCCACCAAUGAGCCAUGUUCCUAUGCCAUACCCUGAGAUGCUUUACAUGCCACCACCACCACCACCACCUCUUGGAGUACCAAUGAUGGGGCCUCCGCCUUCACCAUUUGCUGAUAAUAAGAACAGGGUUGAAGUUUGUAGGGACUUCUUGAAGAACAUGUGCAAUAGAGAAUCCUGCCGGUUUUUACACCCUGGGACACAUACAGCGGCUGCGAGCGCCAAUGUUGAAGUAUGCCGUGAUUUUAAACGAGGAGAAUGCAAUCGACCUGCCUGUCGCUUUUUGCAUCCAUAUACAAGUUGAAGUUUUCUGUUAGCUAAAGCCUGCCGCUGUUUCAAACAGGCACCGCCAGAGAACAUUCUGAUGUGCUUUGUGUUACUAAACUAUCAUAUACAGUACCAGCUACCGAGUUGAUUGAAACGGCAAGGUAUCUGAAAGGCUGGUUGGUUGAUGGGCUCCUAUGCAAAGCGUGAGGCAGAGCUGCUGUUCGGAUGCGGACACAAAUUCUACAGGAGUACGGGUAAGCGAUUUUAAGCAUGAGCUCUGGGGACACAGAUUCAGACAUUGCAACGGUUUUAUGGGUAGCCUGCCUGAAGGGUCGCCACCUAAUCCCUGCCGAUCGGGGCAAUGCUAUUCUGGGAAAUGCUAUGCUUGCACUUGUAAUAACUGCCGCUUCUCUGACUGAGCUUCGUUUGCAGCUGCUGGACUUCAAUCAUGCCGCUUCUCUGUGAUUGAGCUUCGCUUCCUUUUUGCUGCAGCUACUUUUCGUCGUACAAGUGGUUACCAACAGCUGCAGUAGAUUUGGUGGGUGUUUGGUUUCUAGGGACUAAUGUUUAGUCCCAUCAUUUUAUUCUAUUUUAGUGUAUAAAUUGUCAAAUAUAGAAACUAAAAUAAAGUUUUAGUUUCUAUAUUUGACAAUUUUGUGACUUAAAUAGAAUAAAAUGUAGGGACUAAAUAUUAGUCACUAGAAACCAAACACCCCCUUGGUGUGCCGCUGGCUGCUUUUUCUGACCCCCUCUACGAACAGUAGGUGUACAUUACAAGCGGAAGGUGGCGUCACAGGACAGGAGAAAGCAAGCACGGUCCAAGGCCGUUCUAGCUGUCGACGCCGCUUUGGAUAAAAAAAAAAGAGGUGACGCCACUGACGCGAGAGCGGGAGAAAAAGCCAGAUUCAUCUGCAGUGUCACUGAUCCGGCGUCGACGCCGCCUCGUAGAGCAGGGAAAUGACAUGGGCUACGACUUAUACGUCACUG